AAGUGAUCAGUGAAUGGAGUGACAGUCGGAAGGAGACAAUGGUUGUGAAGUUCAGGACCUUUGGCUUCAACUGCUAUAACGUCGCCUUUUGUCCACAUUUACCGCAAUUCAUUGGAUGCGUCUCUUCGCAGAACUACGGCAUCGCCGGAAGUGGUGCUCUGUAUGUCUUGGAGAUAAUGAAUACCCACUUUGGACCAGACAUUGACUGCAAACACGUCUUCCCAUCAAAUGGCGACCCGUUGUAUGACUUGUGUUGGAGUGAAUGUCACCCAAACAUCAUGUGGACAGUCAGUGCCAACGGGUUUAUACAGGUCUGGGACUUAAGCAACACUUCCAUCGAUAUACCCAUUCAUGUGAUGAGAGGUCACUCGCGCGAGAUCUACGCAAUCAAUUGGUCGCCCAAUACAUGCGACUCUCAACACGUGUUGACCGUCUCGUCGGACUCAACGGUCAAAGUGUGGGAUGUGUUGACAACACAACUCGUGAACACAUUCUUAGGCCACGAGAGCAUUGUAUACAGCGGUCAAUGGUCUCCAUUCAUACCGCAAACAUUUGCCACCACUUCGGGCGACUCUACACUCAAACUCUGGUCAUUAAAACAAAGUCAACCUCUGCUUAACAUUAGAGUCAGUUUAGGCGAAGUCUUGUCGUGCGAUUGGAAUAAAUUCAAUCACUUCUUAAUGACAACCAGUGAUACAAACGGCGCGAUCAAUGUUUGGGACAUUAGAUCAGCAGCCAAUCCUAUGCGCACACUAUCUGGUCAUUCAAAAGCUGCUAAAUGUGUCAAAUUCUCGCCGCACAGACAAUCGGUGAUCGGUUCCACGUCUUACGAUAUGACCACUCGCUUGUGGGACAUCAACACAAACGAUGGACUGCUGUUCACAUCACAACAACACUCGGAAUUUGUGUUCAGUCUUGACUUCAAUCGUCAUAUUAACGACCAAAUAGUCGACUGUUCGUGGGAUCAGUUCAUUCAUGUCUUCUCAUAUUCGCCACAAUUUGUUUCAAUCAAUCGUUUAUAAAUCCGUUUUGCUAUUAGGG